ACGAAUACAGGGCAAACGCUUUCUGGUGCCCCUUAUAGCCCAGCGAGAUUGGAGGAUUCCCGUGGUCCACAUUGCGAGAGUUUGAGGAGGCGGGAAGGUUUUUGUCGAGUGAAUCCGUUCGAGGGUGGAGAGAUUGCGUCCGUGAGAGAGGAAGAGAGGGGAGCGAGAUCGGAAAGCUGCAGCGCGUGGGAACGAGAUCAGGGGACGGGUCUGAGAGAGAGUGACGGGAGUGGGGGAAGAGUGAUUGCUCACUCGACUGGGACUGAACGUUUUCAACCGACAGUGAGUGUCGAGCUGAGUCAACUGAUAAGUGGUUGUUAGUGAUUGUGAGGCAUCCAGUUCAUUCUUCAUAUCGGGGAAGUGAGCCAGUGCAUGAUGGGAAUGUCCAGACCGUUGUAUGCGAUUGUGCUCGUGUGUUUGGUGUGCAGUACGUUGGCCAACUUUUCUAAUGGAGAGUUCGAAGCUAGUAAGGAAGAUUCCAGGAGUGGCGGGCGACAGCUGUUGCAGAACAGUCAAUUACCCUGCCCUGAAAACUACAACUUCUUCAACUUCACUCCAAUUCUCACUGCGUGCCCCAGUGAGAACAACAUCUCCUUAGUCGGCACGUUCAAUGUCAAAAAGUGCUGUCAGUCUCUCUGCACAGUGCUUGGAGCAAAUGGGAGCGUGAUCAACGAUGCUAACUAUGAUUGUGCCGAGCAGUUUUUCUCAUACUUGAGCCUGGCAGGAAACUAUAGUGGAGGAUACUUUGCAAGUAUAUGUACUGACCCUAAUUCGCCUCAGGGUAUUUAUUGUCCCCCAGUCGAGACAGCACCGCCACCAAGUAGCGCCUUUUCCGUAGGGGCCAGCCUUUGGUCGUUCCUUGUAGCGUUAGCAGUGUUCGAAGUACUAGUACUUGUAGUAUGACAUCCUGGUUUAAGUUGUCGGCAUUUUGUUGCACACGUAGUCAGUAGAUUCCGAAACCUGUAAAAAUCAGGUCCCUGAUUUUUGUUGUAAUAAGGCAAACUUAAUUAAUUUUCCAUUUGAUAUGCCAGG